AGACCGCCCAAUCAAUCGUCACGUAAUACGGAAGUGUGCCUUUGUUUUCGUCGUUUAUUCAAGCCACAGGGUCAUGGAGACAUUAAGCUUGUAACGCAUAUCUUUUAUUUCUGUUCACAAAACAUAUAAGCAGAAUAAAACAGUUAAAUAUAUCCAAUAAGAAUGAUCGACGACUUCGAGAAACAGGAGCUUCGCAGCAGCGGGGAGCUCUGGUCCCAAAUCUGCGGUCCCAGCCAGCCAGGGAUACAAGUUGAGAUCUCCCCGAACAACAACACCGUCUUCCACGACUCUUUCCAGCCGGUGGCAAGGCAGGGCAAUGACCAGUCUAACAAAACACACGCCACUUCCUUCCCGAGUGCUCAAUGGGAACCCAUGGAGGAUUCAGAGACCUACAUUGCCAGUUUAGAGAAUCGCCUGAAGAAGCUCAAGGGGCAGUCCAGCGACGUCACCUCCAGGGACAUGUUACGCUCCUUGUCUCAAGCUAAGAAGGAAUGCUGGGAUCGAUUUCUGCAUGAUGCUCAGACCUCUGAGCUCUUCCAAAGCAACGACAUGGAUGAAAGUGCUGUUGAACACUUCAAGAGGUGGCUGGUUCCAGAGAAAGUGGCCAUCAGCGCUGAGGAACUGGAAUAUCUGCUCAGGCCGUCUCAGACCAAGGAACCCUCUCCAGUGGAACAGCAGGCGGAGCAUGGGGAUGCUGUGGAAGAGCGUCCCAACACUGAGGAAGAAGAGGCUCACACUCCUGAAAAAUGACACUGAAACAAAAAAAAGCCAAGCAUGCCAAAAAUGGCUCUCACAGCUGCGCUUCCUCCUGUUAUUCCUUGUUCAUCAUGUCGAUGUUUUUUAACUGAUGCUAAUGAAGACCACCUGUAACAUAGAUGCUUACAUUCAUGUAAAAAUGCACUCAUUUGAAGGUGAUUUGAUCACCUUAUUGUAUUGAUUUUGUCCUUCCAUUGCAAGUAAAUCAACGUGACUUUGA